GUCGACCUAUGCGACAAUGGGGUACUAGAACAAUUCAUCAUCCGACUGUAUGACAACUGCCGACUGAUUGUACUGCGGUUUCACAUCCACCAGCCCGGACUACGGUGAACACAAAACCCCGCUAGCCGCCAGCGACGGCCAUCCAUCGUCCUACUCAGUUUUGUUAUAAAGCGACAUUAUACCUAGUGUUCUCUCUUCGCCUCAUCUGAUAUCAUACUUCCCGAUGCAGACGUGGCGGCACUGUUUGAGUCUUGGACCCUACAUAACUACUCUUACAACGACAACUUCACCGACAACACGACACGAUGCUUAACUCAACCUUCUCACACCGUAAAGCCCUCGUCCAGGAUGACCCAAAUGCAAAGGAUGUUCGAACUACCACAACACCCAAAGCUCAAAAUGGGAGCCUGGUCGAGAAGACCGCUGGAACCACUCGACAACAUCGCUCAAGCUGGCCAAGCUUCCAAUGGUGGCUUAUGGCCAUCCCAUCAUUCAUCAUAUCAGCUUACGGCGCUGCAUUCUUCACUGGGAAUACUCCGGGCGAUCCAAAAAUCAAGGCGAGAAUCAUCAGUUCACUUGGAGGCGUGAUCCACAUCGGAGGCUCCCUCGUGGCGAUGGGUCUCGGCCCGUUUCAGUUCCUCCCGCAGUUACGGCAGCAAAACAUUCAGAUCCAUCGUUGGCUAGGAUGGGUCUACGUCCUUGCCGUGACGACUGGUGGCAUCGCUGCGUUUUACGUCACAUUCAACAGCGAGGCGUUGCUAUGGGGCAAAGUUGGGUUUGGCCUUCUCGCUUUGGGAUGGCUUGAGACUGCUAGACGAAGCAUCGUUGCCAUUAGAUCGAGCGGAGACAUCAAGAGUCAUCAGGCGUGGAUGACGAGGAACUUUGCUCUGACGUAUGCUGCGGUGAUGCUGCGGUGGCAGUUGCCUCUGAUGAUCGCCGCGGGUAUGGACGUCAGGUUCGCGCUGUCUAUCACCGGAUACAUCUCUUGGAUGCCAAAUCUUUGGUUUGUCGAACGCUUUGUGCUGAAGAAGGAUUCAGCAUAG